GACUGAUGUGGCAUGUGCACUUUGGCAACAUGAGCUCAGCAGUUUUUUCUGUGCUAUUAAGCUGGAAGACUAGGAUUAACAAACGUGAGCCACAUUUGAUCAAUAUCCUCAGAUGUUGAACCUGAUGACCCAAGAUCAAAAACAGAGUUUUUACAGGUUUGAUUGUUUCAUAAAACAAAGAACAUAGGAAUGGAUCCUCAGAGACUAAAACAGCCUGGUAGUGCAGUUGGAAUGCAGCAUUCACAAGUUUGGAGUAGACCUCAUUCCAGAGCACAGUAUCAGAAUAUACAAGAGUCCAUGGAUGGGUACUAUAGGGCAUCUCCAUAUCCUGAUUACUGGUGUAAUGACUCUUACCAAAGACCUGAACUCAGAGAUCAGUACCUGUAUUCCCCUUCUCCUUCACCAUUAUGCUGGAGCAGGAUCAAACCCAGGUCAGACUACAACUACAUGGACAACACAUACUAUAGACCACAUUCAAGGCAUGGCUAUGAGGAAUGGUAUCGGAAUUCUGCAGACCAGCACUCCAGAGAACAGCAAAGCUGGUACUACCAUAACUACCCCAGAGGGCACUUAGAUUAUGGAGAUGGCGAUCAGCGGAGUCUUCAAAACUGGCAGUUUGAUGGCAGAGCUCAGCAGAGUUUUAGGGAAAACUGGGAUCAGCAGAUGAAAUGGCAACAAAAUGCCAGAGUGGAAUCUGGUCGGAAGAGGAGUGAAGAUUAUGGCAAACAAUUUCAGUACAGCAGGGACAAUGGAAGAGAUCAUGCAGACAUUUUCCAUGUUACAGACACUGAUUCUAGUCAGGUCCCUGUAUUGGAGUCCAGCCAAUUAGCAGCCUAUAAGGAAUCUGGUCUGUCAAACAGUAGCUAUGAACUCAGCCAGUACCUGGAUUACUCAGGUCUGCAAGAGCAAAUGCCUCCAACAACAGAGGAACCAACAUGGCUAGAGCCAUCUGUGCCAUCAAGAGUCCAGACACCUUGGAAGCAUCCCCUUCCACAUGUACGAGUAAGCUUCACUCCUCAGGGUCACCUGAUUCGAGUAUGUCCCAAUAUGCCAUCAGAGGGAGAGCCGGCAGUGAUUGAAAUACAUAGUCUAGAGGUGAUUCUCUAUGACACAAAAGAGCAGGAAGAGAUGAGAGAGUUUCCAGGGCCCCUUCUCAGGGAUGAUAUUCAUAAGAUGGAUGUGCUAACAUUUGCUGAGCGUCAACUAGAUGAAUGUCAAGAAUCACAUGCCUUGGCUGACAAAAAUGGGGCAGCUCUGCUCUGGCAACUGUUGAUAUACCUCUGCAGACAGAAUGGGAUGUUUGUACAUUCAGAUGUAGCAGAGUUAUUGGCACGGGACUACAAAAAUACCCAAGAGUAUAACAAACCUGAGACUGCUCCACAUAUGGGACAGACUUUAAUGGACCUACCUGAGGAUAUGUUGUUCAAUAAUAGAAUGCCUGAUCUGCUAACUGGAGGGGUUCUGCAAGGUACAGAGUCAUCCAAAGAAACUUUGGAAACUUACACUCAACUUCUCAUGUAUGGUAGGAAAAAAGAAGCCUUGGAAUGGGCUAUAAAGGGUAGUCUAUGGGGCCAUGCUUUGUUUUUGGCCAGUAAGAUGGACAGCAGGAUCUACAGUGAUGUGAUGGGCAGGUUUACCAGUAGUCUUGCUUUCAAUGACCCUCUACAAACACUGUUCCAGCUGAUGUCUGGAAGGAUACCCAAAGCAGCUGUGAAAUGUGGAGAUGUAAACUGGGGAGACUGGAGACCUCACCUGGCUGUCAUUCUUUCAAAUAAGAUGGCAGAUUCAGCAAUGAACUGGAAAGCCAUUGUCACUAUGGGUGACACACUAGCAAGUAAAGGUCAGAUAGACGCAGCUCAUUUUUGCUAUUUGAUGGCUGACAUUCCAUUUGGCAAUUAUGGGAUCAAAACUGACAAACUGGUGCUUCUGGGCUGCAAUCAUAGACUCCCAUUUUACAGGUUUGCUUUGCAUGGAAUGAUUCAGAGGACUGAAAUCUUGGAAUAUUGCUGGUCUCUGGCCAGGUCUGGCUCGUGCAUCCCUACCUUUCAGGUAUAUAAACUUCUGUAUGCCUCUCGACUUGUUGACUAUGGCCUUCCUUUCCGAGCCUUCCAGUACUGUGAAGUAAUUGGCAAGGCAGUGUUACAAAAUCCAAAAGCCUUUCCUCCUGUGCUACUGACACAGCUUAUCGAGUUGGCAGAGCGUCUGAAGUAUUGCGACUCUCAAGCUGUGGAAAAAACAGUAGAAACAGAGGAUGUAGAUUCAGAUUGGCUCAUACAGCUACGGAUGAAACUCAUAAAAAUACAGAUGGAAAAUUUGUCCAAUGAAUCUGUGAUGCCAUUAGCAUUCAGACUUCAAGACAUCCCUGCAGCAACUACAGGUCCUCAUAUGCCUGGACAUGUUGAUCUGAUAGUGAGACACCAGCAGAACUAUAUUCCCCAACAAUAUUCUGAUGCCCCAAAAUUAUCUCCUCAUCUGGAACAGCCAGUGCAAGAUAGUAUAAUCUCCAGCAGUAUAGUCAGAAGUGAAAAUGAAGCUAUUCCAUCAGGAUCUACUGAGACAUAUAUGUCACAUAGUAAAAGACCACCAGUCUCAAUGCCAGCACACUGGGGUCGAGCUGUAGGAGCAGGACAAAACCACAUAUCCAAGACAGUCACAGUAUCUCAAAAAUCCUGCGAAGAGUAUGAUGCAGUAAAUAUGAAUCAAACUGGUGAGAUUGAUCACUCAUUUGGGACUGUGCACAACUCUGCUUUCUCUCCUUAUGAUGGAUCAUUUGAGCCUACUAAGAAGGUAGACUCUACAGAGCUAAAGGAGCAAAACAGAGAUGAAGUGAAGCCACAAACAGGAAAAAUGAAACAGGCUUCACAGUCAGGAUGGUUUCGAUGGCUUUGGUCAGAUUCUAAAAGCAACUCCCAUGAUUCCAAAGAUGGUACGACAUAGUUACUCGACAAAAACACUGUGGUCAAGAAAAAGUGAAAAUAAUGUUUAUGUUUAAGGCAAGAAAGAAAGAAAAAUACAAACAUUAAACCUACAUUUCAUCUUCA